AUGCCAAUGAUCAACUUGUUAUCGGAUCCCGAUUUCGUUAACAGAACCAUAGCUUGGUUUGCAUCAGAUAGUGCCUAUACGAGUGAGUAUUUCUGCCAAGCACUACGCAUGUCUGAAAGCACUGAAGAGAUAGAUGUUGUCAUUCGUCAGCUAAAUAGUUUCAUGGAUAAACUUCGGGGUCACGACACUGGUGGUGAUGAUGAUGCUCUUAUUAAAGCGCAACUUGGAAGUCUCGAUUAUGUCAGAAAAAUAUGUUUAAUUCGUCGAAGGCAAAUUCAAGAAGGUGUAGCUGAAAAACCCGGACGUGUAUUAGCUUAUCACUUACAACCGGAUGCACGAAUUUAUGAUAUGUCAUUUCAAGAAUUAAUGACUAAAAGUGUUGCAGUUGUUAGCUUUUUAGAUUUUCUGGCUUCCAUUAAUAAACAUUCAUUACUUCGAUUGUAUUUAAAUUGUGUGAGUUUCCGUGAAGGCGUCAGUAAAUUAAUACCCAACGCAACUCUUAAUCAAAAUAUUGAUCCUUCAGUGUUGGCUCUUGCUGAAGCUUCACGAAUGGAGGCUAUUACUUCUGAUAUGUCAACUAGUAUUAUAACUGAAGAUUUAUGCUUAAAUCCUACAAAUCCAAUUGACAUUAUUAAUACCGAUGAAGAAUCUCUAUCAGUCUCAGAUCCUCUUAAUUUUGAAGGCACACAAACUGAAGUUGCUUCCAGUUUGUGUGACAAUGAGAAAGAUCUAAUUGAAAAAGCAGAUUCAAUAACAACAUCUUUAGAUGAAGGUGGACAGCAAAACACAAUGGUCAUAAAUGAAAAUGUUAAGAAAAAUAUACUAGAAAAAAGUGGAGAAGAUGAGAUUGUUGAUGAUUCUAUUGAACAGUUGCGCGCAUUUGGCAUAACAAUAUGCAGUAAUUUAUUGCACUUUAUGCCUUUAUCAGCUGAACCACUAAUCCAACGUACAUUAAAGGCACUUACUGGUGAACCGAAUUCAUUAAAUCCUAAUGCAUUCACUGAAAUUGAGGCACAUAUUGUUAACAUUCUCUCAGGUCCCGAUUGUUUUGGUGCAUUUAAACGUAGUAGUCAGUAUAUUCAUCUUUUGGCUGAGUUAGAUUUACUCAAGGAACCAUUAGAACAAUCUUCAUCGUCUAAUUUUAUAUCCGUCCCUUCCAUUUCAAAUGAUACAUUACCUCAAAGUCAAUCUCAAUCAUUAUCUCAACCUGACAAAAUGACUGUUUCAAGCGAUUCUGUAAUUCAUAAUGUUUCUUCCUUAUCUCAAAUGUCAUGUUCUGCGAAUUCUGUUGAAGAUUGUACAGAUUGGAAAUGUAUAGAAAAUGACUGUUCUAAAGAAACGAAACAAUCAGGGCUGCCAAGAUUAUCGGAACCUCCUAUCAUUUCAACAACAAAUAAUACUGGAUGUGGGGUUUUUGAUGAUGCUUAUACAGCUGUCAUAACUCGGGCAGAAAUAAUGCAUGAUUCUUAUGUAAUUUAUACUAUAAAAGUUACACGUACUAUACUAUCUAAUGCUCAGUCAGAAUGUUGGAAUACUUUACGUCGUUUCAGACAUUUUGUUGAACUGCACUCGUUUCUUACAAAUAGAUGUGGUCGUAUCACUGAACUCAAAUUACCAUCGAAAAUUGCAUUUAAUAACAUGAGCCCUGAAUUUUUAGCACAACGUCGACGUGGACUUAAUGUUUAUUUGAAUACAUUAUGUAGCAGUGAAUUUCAGAAUAAUCAUCCAGGUAGUCGUCCUUUGUGCGUUGAAUUUCUACAGCCUGAUAGCUGGGAAAGAGGUCAUGUUGAAGCACGUAUUGUCUCUGCAAUUUUAACACCUUUUCGUACAGUUAGCAAUGCUAUGAUGUCUGUUCCAGAUACAUUAGCUGAUGGUUUAAAUAAGAUAUUCGCAAAUAAAAAUUUUCCAACAUCUAAUUCACCUAUUCUUUCUCGUAAUGAUGAAAUGAUGAAAAAAUCCAGUGAAUUUGAAUUACAAGAAUCAUUGGAUAUGUCAUUAGAAUCAUCAAAGAGUUCUGAUUCAUAUGAUUAUAAUGUUCGAGAUGAAACACCAAUUCGAAUUUUAUUCUUAUUAGUCGAUGAAAUAUUUGAUUUACAUAGAGAAAGUCAAUUUACUAGACAAGGAAAUUUUGCUAUUUUACGCAAAAUAUUCCAAACAUUUUUUGGUAUUCGAGUCAAUAAAAUGAUCAUUGCUAAAGCUUGUGAAUGGACAAGUGCACCAAAAAUCACCCAACUGAUUACUUAUUUACGUGAUUAUUUUUGGCCUCCCAAAAAUAAAUCAUUAAAUUCUACAGCUUUAACUGAACGUGACAAAGAGAUGAAAUUACGUACUCGUGUUCUUUGUAGAACUGUACUACUGGGAAGUGUUUCUGAGGAAUUUGCACAAUUUCUUGGUAAUGAAACUACUCGUCGUGGUGUAUCCUGUGUAUUUAAUAUGCUUCAAGAAGAACGUUUCAAUCGUAGAUUCGUACAUACAGUAUUAGAAGCAUUUCUUUGUCACUUAUUUCGACCAUAUCAUGCACAUUGGGAAGCUAUUUAUGAAAAAGAUUUAUGCCCAUUAAAAUGUGGACGAAUAUGUCGUUCGCAUAAAUCAUCUGUUUAAAUAAAAUGUAUACUUUACUUACGAAAAGAAUAUUUGCUUAGGAAGAUUGUUUUUCUUAAAGAUUCUACUUCUUGUUUAUGUCA